GGACAGUAGGGUUCUGUUGUUGUCCUCUGUCCUGGCACCCUGCAUCACUCUGUCCUCUCUCUCCAUCGCUCCAUAGCGGGACUCCUCCAUCUGCAACAUCCCUUCAGGAACCCAAAGAGUCAGGAACCAUGCUGACCAUUUUGGCGCUGGCAUCGGUCAUACUGCUUGGAAUAGUGCCCCAGCAGUCGGAGGCCAUCGUCAUCUACACGGGCUGGGAGCGUCACGCCCUAGUGGGGUCAGACAUUCGUCUGUCAUGUUCAUUCUUCUCCUGGCGCUGGACUUCCGAUGACGUCACCUUCUCCUGGAGCUACCGGGCCGACGGAUCCAGGGACACCAUCUCUGUCUUUCACUACACUGGUGGAGCCCCCUAUGUGGACAACAAGGGACAGUUCAGAGACAGGCUGGAGUUUGUGGGGAACCCCGGUCGCCGGGAUGGAUCCAUCCUACUCAAGAACCUGGACUACGGAGACAACGGCACCUUCACCUGUGAUGCCAAGAACCCGCCUGACAUAGUGGGACGCGCCUCCAGUGUCAGACUGCUGGUCUUUGAAAAAGUUCCCAUCCAGGCCGGAGUGAUCACGGGGUCCAUCAUCGGUGCGGUGCUGGGUCUGUUGGUGCUCGUCGUGGUCAUCUACUAUCUCAUGAGGUUCCUGGUGGCCCGCAGAGUCUUCAACCUCAGUGUCAGCAAACAUGGAAAGAAAGGGAAGGGUAAAGAGGGAUCACAGCAGAGACAGUGAUGGACACCUCUCCUCUCCUCCACCCCCCUGAUCACCAACACCCCUCUCACUCCCCCACCAAUGCCACCACACCCCUGCACGUUCAUUCACCCACCAUUUCUGCUGGUUGGAAUGCCACGUCGCUGUCUUCUGCCCAACUAUUGGCCAAGGAUGGAAACUGGGCAGAAUCAUCCUCAUUAGUUCUCAUUGAAGACUUUAAUUUAGCUAUAGCUCUCUGCCGGUGGCAAAAGUGUGUGUUUUAUGUGUCUAUGUGUCUAGUCAGACUGUCAUGUCAAACAAAAGAUGAGGGAAAACUGUGUAUAUGUAUGUCACCCUAAAGUAAAUAGAUAUACAUUACAUUUUACUUUACAUGUGCACGAAAACACAUGGAGACCAUGUUUUGUUUACGAGAGGCAGACAUGUGAUAGAUCUUCUUAUGACAUUUGAUCACAUUUCUGCUCUUGUAUCUGGAGAGGGAUUCUGUGUGGCUGUUCAUUUUUUUUGGUGCAUAUUUUCCAGGGGCGMAAAAUAAAAUAAUGUUUCAUUUCAGGUGUUUGUAAGCUGCAUGGGGCUACAGGAGGCACUGGCACAGUGAGGGGGAGAUUAUGGGGAGGACAAGGGAGGGAAACUUCAGAUGUUGCCCGUGGUAAUGUGAUUGGAAAAAAAGAAGGUGGUUGCUGGGAUGAAAAUACUUUGGCGAGAGAGAGACUUAUCUUGUGUGUUAAGCCAAACCAAAGUCCAUAUGUAUCAGUAAAGAUAAGGCCUCAGCUCUCUCUUUCAAGAUCCUUACCCUGAGCUUCUGUUCUGAAGGAUUGUUAGGGUAUGCAUGGUG